AUGAAGUCGAAACACAAGCAUCAAUCAUUUAGUUUGAAAGUUGUUCGUAAACCCCAAGUUUCUCCUCAAGGGGUGAUUUUUAGAGACAUACCUGCCCCUGCUUUUCCUUCUUCAAAAAAGCGAUUGGCUGCUAAUAUGGCAAAACAACUCUCCAAGAAGAAAAAGCAAAUAGUGAUUCUUACCUCAGAAUCUGCUGCAGAUGAGGGUGAAACUAUUCUUGAGACACCUGAGGCAGAUUUGCUUGAAGAUUCUUCUCACGUGGAUACAUUUGUUAUUACACCACCCGAAGUUUCGCUUGCCAAGACAGUUAUUGUGGAGGCUCAAACUUCAGACAUCCCUGUAAACAUAUAUGAUAUGGAUACAAAUUUCAUCAUGGGUGAGGAUGAAUCGAAUAAAGAAACAAAAGGUAACCAUUCGAAUGUAGUUCCAGAUUCUUUCAUUUCUUUACCUUCACAUAUUACCCCUAUCAUUCCUACAACAUCCACAACAGAUUCUCCAACUUUUGCAAACAUUAUUUCACAACCUUUUACCACUCUUUUUCCUUCACAAUCAAAUGAUCCACAAACCACUACUUCUCUAAUAAAAGAUUCAUUCAUGGAUACUAAAAAUGAAUCUGAAGGUUUUGGGGGAACUUUUGAGAAUUUGGAAUUUGAUGAAGAGGAAACUGACUUCCCAGAUCAUAUGCUCAUGACGAUGAAACAAUUCAAAAUCUUGAAUACGAAGCUUAACUCUAUUAUUCAAUCUCAAGCUGAUCUUGGGGGAGGUGUUCGCGCUUUUGAAAGAGCUUAA